AUGGUCAAUACUUCCUGCGCUAAGAAUGAUAGUCGUCCUCAAGUCCCCAAUAACUGGAAUGCUUCGCAGAUCACAUCUCAGAAGGGUAAAACUGUUAUCAUAACAGGAGCGAACUCUGGCAUUGGGUAUGAGACUGCUCUCGAGCUUGCGCGCAAGGGAGCGAAUGUAGUUCUUGCCUGUCGUAGCGAAGAGCGAGGUAAAGAGGCUGAGAAGAAGCUCCGUGAAGCUUUAGCCUCGACUGCUGAUGCUGGCAGCGUCAACUUUAAGAAACUCGAUGUGAGUGACUUAAAGAGUGUUUCCAAGUUUGCGAAUGAGUUCAAAUCUUCACAUGAUCGUCUGGAUUUAUUAAUCAACAAUGCUGGAGUGAUGGCUGUUCCGUAUGCUCAGACUGUGGAUGGUAACGAACGUCAAUUUGCUGUGAAUCACUUGGCGGUUCCGGAAAGCGAGAGCUGCAGCGAGCAGCAUUUUUUUGAAGAGCGCGACCAAGUGCGUGAGCUACUUAGAAAAUUGAUUCAGAUUCAAUUUCCGACGCAAAAGAGUGAUGUUGACCGCGAGUUUUUAACAGCUCAUGCUACCGUCUUAACGAUCCUGGACAAGUAUUUGGAGCACUCGCAUCUACUAGAUCCAUAUCUGCGUGAAAUGCUAGAUCCUUUAGUAACAGAGAUCAAGCGCGUGAUGGCCGAAAGGACAAUUGAAGCCAGAAAGAGAGUGGUUUUCCCUUGUCAAGUUUAUCGAGAUCCGAGACUGCAUAAACUUUUCCAAAUUGUUUACCAAUUGUGCAAGGUGCGAGGCUACAAGACAGUUAUCAAGCUACUUUCUCACGAAGUAAGUGAUUUUGAGCCCACACUGCAGUUGUUGCAAUCACAGGACCAAACUGAUCACUCGGUAUGGGAGACACGCUACGUGCUGUUGCUUUGGCUCUCAAUGUUGUGCCUCGUGCCUUUUGAUUUAAACACAAUCGAUUCGUCUUCAGCAGGCGAGCAUACUAGUGGAACGAUUUCGCUUGUGUCAAAUAUUGUCACGCUUUGUAAAAAUUAUCUCAGUGAUCCAGGGUUGACGCAGGAAGCAGCGGCAGUGUGUUUAUCACGACUACUGAGUCGACCAGAUAUGGAGCAGCAUGCUUUAACACGAUUUUUAAACUGGGCGAAUCGAGAGCUUCAAAGUGCGUCCGAGGGAAAUGAUAUGCGUUUGCUGCAGUUCAAAGUGACAGGAAUUAUGCUAUGUUUGGCUCAUAUUGCGAAAAAUUCUCCUCGUGAACAGCACAUCAUAGCCAGUCGAAUCUAUUUUAUUUCUGUCAUGAAGUUAAUUGCUCAUCUUACUGAAAAUUGCGGAAGAUCAGACCGUCCAAACAGCAGCACGUUGCAUCGUAAACUCAGCGUCAAAUUAGUGCAACGUCUAGGCUUAUUAUAUCUACCUCCAAAGGUGCGAUCGUGGCGCUAUAGUCGCGGAUUACGAUCCCUAGAGCUGAACAUGCUAUCCUUUAGCCUGGCCACUGGUAACAAUGUCACAUCUACAAUCAGUCGUUCAGUAGAUUUGGUCGAUGAUGACGAUGAUGACGCUUUUGAAGUGGUAGAAGAGCUGGAGCAGAUAGUAGAAGCUCUUUUGUGUGGCUUACGAGAUAGAGACACAGUAGUACGAUGGUCGGCUGCCAAGGGAAUCGGACGAAUAACUGGACGUUUGCCAUACAAAUAUGCGGACGAUAUUGUUCAGUCCGUGCUUGAACUUUUUGUGGCAACAGAGGAUGAUGGUGCUUGGCAUGGGGCCAGCUUGGCACUGGCCGAACUCGCUCGUCGCGGAGUCUUACUCCCGCAACGUCUUCCAGACGCAGUGGACUGUGUAGCAAAUGCUUUAACCUACGACAUUCGCAAAGGCACGUAUAGUAUAGGCUCUCAUGUGCGCGAUGCUGCUUGUUAUGCGUGCUGGUCGUUUGCACGUGCAUACGAGCCUUCGCUGCUAUUGCCUUGGCUUCAACAAGUCUUAGCACCAGCGAUGCUUGUAAAUUGUGUAUUUGAUCGCGAACUUAACUGUCGUCGAGCUUCAUCGGCAGCAUUUCAAGAAAAUAUAGGACGACAAGGACGCACAAACUUUCCGAAUGGUAUUGACUUGCUGACAAAAGCCGACUAUUUCUCUAUAGCGAAUUUGCGUCAUGCCUACUUAGACGUCAGCGUCUUUGUUGCAAAGUAUCCGGACUAUCGAUACGCAUUGCUGGAGCAUCUUGUUGCCAUAAAAAUUGUGCACUGGGAUGCUCAAAUCCGAACUUUAGCCGCUGCUGCUUUGGGGAAAAUUGGUGCGUUGGAUCCACCACAUGUCAUGAUGGAGGUUUUUCCUCGAAUUAUGACACUUGCUCUUUCACCAAAUGUCGAAGUAAUUGUCAGACAUGGCGCUCUGAUGAGUAGUGCUGAGUUGUUAGCAAACUUAAGACUCUUACCCGCUAACAUCGAUGGAGAGGUACAGAAAAAGAUGAAAAUGCUGCCCAUUGAAAUUGAAAAUCGGCGUUUGUUUCGCGGUCGCGGUGGUGAAAUGAUUCGAAGUGCAGUCUGCAAUGUGAUUGAAGUAAUAUCAACCUGUCGACUGAGUUUGGGAUUUGCUCAUAUGAAAAAGUAUCUAUCAUUACUGGAAGAAUGUUUUGUUCACCCAAAUGAAAGAGUACGCGAUGCAGCAAUCGAUGCAUUUAGUGCUUUCACGACUCAAUACUGCCAUAAAGUAUUUCAAAAGGGUACUCCUUCGCAUGUUUAUCACAUGCAAGGAAUUAUACCUCGAUACAUCAACUCUGGCAUCAUGGUGACUUCAAAGGAAAAUUGUGCUGUUGCUCGCAUUCCAAAUCCAUGCGUUGCAGCUAGACAAGGGUAUUUGCGCGCUGUUGGAGUUGCCGCCAAGGAACUCGUUCAACCUUGUGUCAAGGAAGUUUUAGAUGUCGUUAUUCAAUCUGCAUUAAUUCAGGAGCAUCCGCGUGAAGACGAGGAUCCUGGAAGUCGAGUGGCGGCUGUGCAAGCACUAGUUAAUCUUAGUUCUCGACCGCCAGACGAGCUUGACUUCAAUGGUAUGGAAGAUGAGGUCGUUUCAACUCUUGUCCGAUGUAUUCAACUAGAUUAUCGUCUUGAUGAGCGUGGAGAUGUCGGCUCUUGGGUCCGUAAAGCGGCAAUGUUGGGACUUGAGAAGUUGCUUCUUGAUGUAAACUCACCCGCACAAAACAAUGACGGCCAUAUAAUUGGUACGCGAGUUCAGACAGCUUAUGGAUCAGGUGUCAUUGUAGACAAGUUAUUCAGACAAAAAUGGAAGACCGAUGAAAUAAACAAAGCUGACUCAGUAUGCUAUGUAAAGUUUGAGAAGCCCACCCUAGGUUACUAUUACUUUAGUCCAGAAGGAGUGGGGCUGAUUCAUGCGAAGAGCUUGAUCGUGAGCUCAAGUGCAGACCCUGAAGUAAGCUGCGAGUACAAUUCUGUAGUUCCCAAUCUUGCGACUCGGUUAAAAUUUGCAGAAGAUCACUCAGCUACUUUCCCAGUCCUUGACAUGCCGUUUAUUCGACGAAUGUCGCCACAUCUUGUCAGCUCAAUCUGUACAGUGCUGGCAAAACAAUUAGCAGAGAAGCUGGAUACUAUGAGAAUGACGGCUGGGAGUAUCUUGUUUCGAUUGCUCCAUUCAACUGUUCCUCGGGUGGAUGGCAUUCCCGGCCGUGUUCAGCUCGAAAAAAUCUUCCCUUUAAAUCUAGAGGUUAAUUGGUCCAUGGCCAAUGACACCUUUCCUUUGGUUGUGCAGAUGAUGGAUAUUCCAGAAUUUCUGGAGGAAGUCACAGCUGGUCUCGUCAUAAGUGUGGGUGGUUUAACCGAAAGCGUGACGAAAGCUUCAAAGAGCGCUUUAUUUGAGUGGAUGCGUAAACACCUACUUGCAAAGCAUUAUGGUGUUUUAAAUCGUUUUAGCUUUUUUCUUUUGACGCUACUGAAGCGCCAUCAUCGCGAUGAUCGCAUCGCGGUUCCUAUAAUGAAGACUUUGGCUUUGCUGCUAGAGUCAAAUUUGUUGCAAUUUUUAUUCCAGAAGCGCCAAGACGAUGAAAAUGACACUAUUGCUUCAGACUUUGGAGAGCAAUUGUACAAGGAGCUGUGCAAUGCAAUUCAAAAGUGCACAUUGGUUCCGAAGCUUAGUGCAGCGAUAUAUGUGCUGAUUGGUUUGCUUCCAAGCGAUCCAGGGACAGAAACGAAAAGUUUGCGCGCUUUAGUGCUCUUUUUAGGGCACAAAUUUCCCAAGGUGCGCCAACUUACUGCAGCAAAAUUGUACACGCGAUUGCUUCUUCACGAAAAUGUAAUUGAUGGCGAAAAGUACGACACAGUUGUUGAAAUCUUGAGCAAUACAGCAUGGGAGGCUUCGAUUGUUCACGUGCGCCUCAUUCGGAAGAAACUUUUAUUGCUUUUAGGCAUGGACUUGCCUUCAAAAAAAGAUUCUAUUCCUGCAAGUUUAAAGACAGUAGUGCCUACUCUUGAAGACGACACAGGUUUCAAACAUUUUAUCAAGGAAUCGGGUUAUUAG